UCAUUCGUUACAGUGAGCGUUUGACCGUUUUGGAUGAAGAGCGGUGCAUUUGGCGUGAAGCGAAGUGAAGAUGGUGGAGACACAAGGAGCACAGACACACCUCGGAAACUCAACAGAAUCAGAAAACAAUUACAGUAUUAAUAGUCAUCACAACAAUGUUAACCAUAAUCGUAACUUGAUGGUGAAGACUGAGUUGUGUAGGAGAUUCAGGAGAGGCGUGUGCGUUCAUGGAACCAAAUGCGAUUACGCGCACAGCGUGGCGGAGCUCCGACGCCAACCCAAACUAUGCAGAUUGUUCCUUCAAAACAAACACUGCCCCUACGGACGCACCUGUCGCUACCUGCAUUCAGCCACACCAACGCCGCCACUGCCACCACCACAACCAUCAACUUUUCAAAUUCCAAAUCUAUCAUCUCAACCAGUAGUAGGGCAACUUGAUCGCUCCUCUUUUGCGGAAUACAAGAGAAUGAGAACUUGUGCAGAAAGUUGGACAAUGCAAAGUGAUACUGCUGCUGCUACUGCAAAUGCAUCAACUAGCACUCUGGCAACAGGUAGCCCUUCCCCUAAGAAUGAACCAUAUGCUGUGAAGUUCGUAUUCAAGAAAAACGAACUAAAAAAGAUCGAUCGCAUUUAUGCUGAUUGGAUUUCAGAUUUACCUCGCUGAGAAACUGGCUGGACAAGUAGAUAACUAUAUUAAAAACUAAGCAAUUUUUACUAAUGGGUAAAAAUUAAGGAAUCAGUCCCAUCGAGUUUGAUUUUGAGGAAUAUGCUUAAGUAUUGCAUCAGGUAUUAGAAUAUAUAGAACUUUUGAACCUGCCAAAUUUAUGAUACUAUU